UCGACAAAUUUGGACAAAUUUCUUCAAUAUUGGUGCUCGCACCGCGUGAGUACGUACAAGAUUGCGUACAUAAUAUUCGGUUGCAAAGAAAGGCGAAGAAGGGAAGAGAGAAUAGGCGAAGUGCAUCAGGUGUAUCGAGCGGUGGUAGAGUUACGUGCGUUGACGAGAAGCAAACGCGACGCCCGGUGAGAGACGUGCUUUUAGUGCCAAUCUUCAUUACACGACACGUCUCAUCGAUUUUUCGUUCUUCACAGACACGUAGUUUCCAAGAUUCUGAAUCAGUGUGCACCACAGUGUGGACCAUUUCCUCCUAGUUGUUAUCAGGCUAACGACGCCUAGUACAUCAUGGAUGUCAGGCGUGAUGCAUCACGACGUAGAAUGCAUCACGAGGGUACGAUGCUUUCUUGGCAAAACUUAUCUGUUUACGCGGUGGAUCAGAACCGGCGCACUAUAAGCAAGCAGCUCAUCAAUAACGUCCGAGGUAUGGUGCGGCCUGGCGAAAUCACCGCUAUCUUGGGCGGCAGCGGUGCUGGAAAAAGUUCGCUGAUGACAGCAUUGGCGUUUCGCACGGAGGCUGGUAUCGUGGUGCACGGUGAUAUUCGCGUCAAUGGCGUAUCAGCCUCCUCUUCAUACAUGAGACGUCACAGCGGCUUCAUGCAUCAGGAGGACAUGUUUAUCGAAACGAUGACAGUGCUCGAACACAUUUGGUUUAUGGCAAGAAUGAAAUUAGACGGGAGGAUUCGCACCUCGGACAUUCGCCUCAAGAUCGAUCGUUUGCUAAGGGACGUCGGUCUAAUAGAGAGACGCGACACUCGCAUCGGCGGCGACGACGACGACAAAGUUCUAUCGGGUGGAGAAAAGAAGAGGCUGACUUUCGCUACUGAACUGUUGACGGAUCCUGAAAUACUGUUCCUGGACGAGCCGACAACGGGACAGGACGCGCAUUCGGCCGGCGUCCUCGUGUCGCACAUGACGUCCUUCGCAUUAAGGAACCGCACGAUUUUAUGCACCAUACAUCAACCGAGCUCCACUAUCUUUGACAGCUUCCAUCGUAUAAUCCUUUUAGCCGGCGGUAGAGUGGCGUUCGCCGGUACCAGUAUGCAAGCGAUACAGUUUUUCUCUAGUCAAGGCUACGAGUGUCCGUGCAAUUACAAUCCGGCCGAUUUCUUGGUGGCGACUUUAGCGAUCGCACCCAGCGGCGCGGACGGUAGCGGAAGAGUCGCGCAGAAGGUCUGCGACGCGUUUCUCACGAGCGAAGCCUGCAACGAGAUCGAUGCUGAAUUGCAGCAGGAACUCGAUGCCGCACAUUCGGAAUGCCCCGCCAAGGGAAAUAAUCGCGAGUCGCGCGUUUUUGUGGAACCGCGCUGCUGGUUGCGACUCUACUGGCUAAUCCAUCGCGGAUUCUUGCAAGUUGUGCGGGAUCCCUCGGUUCAAUUCAUCAGAAUGCUGCAGAAAGUGACCAUCGCAACAACCGCCGGUCUGUGUUUCGUAGGCGCCGUCGACCUCGAUCAAUUGGGCAUACAAGCUGUAGACGGCGUCAUAUAUCUCCUGGUGUGCGAAAAUACGUUUUUCCCCAUGUACGCGACCUUGGCGUUGAUCCCGCAGGAGCUGCCACUUCUUCUUCGCGAAUACAAAGCGGGCAUGUACUCCGUCCAUCUUUAUUACCUGGCGCGAAUGGUAUCGCUGGUGCCCGGGCUGCUGAUAGAACCGAUGUUGUUCACCGUGAUAAUGUAUUGGCUGGCGGGUUUGCGUCCCGCCAUGGAUGCUCUUGGCCUGACCAUCCUGGUAGUUAUAUUCACGAUGAACGUGUCUACCGCUUGCGGGUGUUUCUUCUCAGCCGUUUAUCAAAGCGUGCCGCUAGCAAUGGCAUACCUGGUGCCUUUCGAUUACAUUCUUAUGAUAACUAUGGGACCUUUUAUCAAACUCGGUUCAUUGCCCAUAUAUGUACGAUGGGUAAGAUACGUCUCCUGGCUGCUGCACUCCACGGAAGCUCUCACCAUUAUCCAAUGGAGAGGCGUGCAUAAUAUAUGUGAGUUUUAUCGAGCCUCGCUACUCUACAUGACGCGUAACGGAUCUGUUUCCUGUGAACAGCCUGCGAAACGACCGAGUUACCCUGCCUCACCGAGGGCGCCGAGGUGCUGGACCGCUACGACUUCGACGAACGCAACUUCUGGCCCGACAUCGCCCUCAUGGCUGCCAUUUACAUUGUCUUCCACUUGCUGGCAUACGUCUUCCUGUGGAGGCGAUGCAGAUCGAAAUAAACGAAAAAAAAGAACUAAAAUUAAAAUUAAAAUUAAAAAUCAAAAUUUUUGAAUGCGAUCGAGUCUUGCCCUUGUUUGCUGCCGGAUCUAAAUGCACAGACCAAUCAUAUUAAAGAAUUUUACAACGGUUGCAAAACUGCUUUUUCUAUUGAACGCAGCCAUAUACUGUGCAUGUGUUACAUCUUGGUAUACCGCAAACCUCGGGCGCAUAUUCUUAUUGAGAAGUUAUUUCUAUUCCUAUUGCGGAAUUUAUGUGCAUGUGCAUUACAUAUGCAUAAUUAUAAUAUUGGAACAAAGAAUAAAAUAUAUAAUGCGUGAGCUGUCAGAAUAAAUAUUAUAACCGCAUUUAUUUAUCUCGUAAAAUAAAAGUACUUAAAGAAAACAUUUCAUAAAAACAUUUAAAAAUUUUGAAAUUUUAAUUCCGGCGUUCGUAAACUUUGUGAUGCACCAUCUGUGUGCCAGAAAUACAAAUUGUACGUUUAUAUUAUAUAAUUAUUGUAUUAAUUAUU